UACAUCCCCUGUUCAGUAUCCACGCAACUCGGUUGCUAAGUAACGAAAUACAAACAAAACAACGCCAUUUCUAAAUCAAAAUCAUUAUUUUGACACAAAAAUGCAACGGUCAUUUUCAAUUGUUGACGACGAAGAAGAGAGCGAAAAUUUCGAUGAGCAAAUCCUCAAAAAAUACGGAGGCGCGUUAUCUGAACGCUCAAACUCGCAAACAAUCAACGAUUACGAAACCAAUUUAGCCAAAAUGGCCACCAGACAGGCCUCGGCCACCGACUACGACCCUGACAAACACUUAUCUAAAAUCCCCAGCGCCGGCCCUUCGGGCCGCCAAACUGUCUUACGUAAACCAACAGGUUUAUCGAGUGACAGUGAAGACGACAGUGACGAAGAAAAAACAAAGGAUGCAAUUCCGGGUGAAUAUGACCCGAAGGAGUACGAAAAUUUGGACGUUAGUCCCGAAAUUAAAGACAUAUUUCAAUACAUAACAAAGUACAUCCCCCAACAAAUGGGUUUGGACCACAAGUUCAAACCCUUCGUGCCUGAAUUUCUCCCAGCGGUUGGCGACAUUGACGCGUUUUUAAAAGUCCUCCCGCCAAAAACGUUGCUCUCCGACGCGGACUUCGUAGCCAAUCAGCAGCUGGGACUGGUGGUUUUGGACGAACCGGCGGCCAAUCAGAGUGACCCGGCCUUGCUACACUUGCAACUGAGGGCGGAGUCGGUCAAAACGACCAAUGACAGCACUGUGGUGGUCAAAAAAAUCGACAAUGUUGAGAAAAACGCCAAAAUCAUCGAUAAGUGGAUUAAAGACAUUUCAGCGUUGCAUAAAAGCAAGUCGUUUCCGGCCGUUCGUUACACAGAACCGAUGCCCGAUUUGGACGAGCUGAUGCAAGAAUGGCCCGAAAGUAUGGAAAAACAGCUGAGUGAGAACGGAUUUCCGGAACCUAAGGGAAAUUUGAGUGAUUAUGUGCAGGAAGUUUGCGGGUUGUUUCAAAUUCCGGUCAAAAAUAAAAUCCAAGCGUUGCAUUUGCUGUUUUCGCUGUUUGCAGCUGUCAAAAGCUCGCAGUUGUUCAAAAACGGCCAACUUGGGAAAGUUGAGGAAAGCGAGUCGAUUGGAAACGUUGCCGAUCAGUUGGUACUGGAUUAGAGGACACUCUUGAUAAUUACAAAAUAAAUCAAUUAUCUUA